AUGCUGGGGACAAGGAGAUGGCGAUCACGGGCUUUGAUGUGGAAAUGGUUCGUAUCCGCCCAGAGGGCGGGCGGAGAGGACUUGGUCAAGUUGAAUGAUCAUUACUUGCAUCAUUACAUUUUGUCCAUGGGCCGCGUUGAGACUAUGAACAAGGUGCUCCAGCAUGCUGCUGAAGACAAAAUGUUUGCUCGGAUGCUCGGAAACUGUCACGGCAUGACCCGAGCUCCGAUGCAUAACUUCCUCACCUCCUUUGGAGACAACGAGGACUUGGUCACCUUUGGCAGCGCUGCCGGCGCAGAGUAUCGACACAACCCGCAACGGUAUGACAAGCCGUUCCGCAGGGUCAUCAAGAAACCACAGGUUUGGAUGCCAACAUUUCAUGUCAUCAACACCAAGAGCAACAAGCCACAGAACAAAUCCCUGCCGUACUCUCCUUUGCUAGAGUGCCCUUGCACACCUCAGCGCAAGAUUGAUGUGGCUGCUGGAACUAUUGAUGGACAACCUCCGGAGCCUCCAAUCCAAUGCAGCCCCAGCUUUGCAGCCACUGGAAACCCUUCCUGCAGUCUAUCUACCUACGUUGGUGGAUGGAGAUGCUGUGAGCAUGGAGUGUUCCUUAUUGAUACAGACAAGGAGUGCAGUGAUCCGGAGUGUUCCAAAGAACCCGAGGAUGAAAUCUUCAUGAAGUACACUUUCUACUAUGAGGAUGCUACUCCUGAGACCCGUCACAUGGAGCCAAGUGCCUGUUGUGAUGUCACUGGCACAACCCAAGGUUUUGAGAACAUUGAGUAUGAUGUGCCGCAAUGUGCAGCCGGCACUCCACCUGAGAAGUGCCUUCAUGUGGUGGAAACGGUGCAGCCAGUUGGCUAUUACCAGAAUCAUCCCAAAGCACCAAAGGACAACCACAAGGCCGACGACCUUGUUGACGUUGUUUUUGCUUCUCCCCACCUCCAUGUUGCAGGCCUUUCACUCGAAUUGAUCGACAACGUCACGAACAAGACCCUUUGCUUUGUCUACGCUUCAAAGGACAAUGCCCACGGAGUCAUGUAUGGCAAUGGCACACAGCCAGGAAACGAGAACGGUUACAUGACCGGGUUGCUUCCAUGCAUGUGGGGCGGAGAAAAUGCUCCCCGCUUUCAGCGAAAUCAUCCGCUUCGCACUAGGGCUGUGUACAAUUCUUCGCGUGGUCACACUGGCGUGAUGUCACUGUGGCUCAUGGAUGUCUCACCUGUGAAAGAUCCGGACUUUCUGGUAUAG